AUGGCAUUAUCAGAUGAUAUCCUUCUGGAUCCAGCAUACUGGACUUCUGAUCGUCACAGGAUGGUGCAGGAACAGCUUAUGGACUUCCAAUCGACCAUGCAUGUAGCUACUAGAUCUGCACCAUCGGCUCCAAAAAAUGAGCCAAGCAGUGUCACAGAGCCUGAGAGUGACCCUGAGAUGGCACCAUCUGCAGGACCAGUCCUCCCCCCAACAAAGCCUCCAAAACUUGAUCCCAGCAGCAUUACAGAGCCAGAAAGUGACAUUGAAGACUUAUCUGCUGGACCAGUCCUCCCUCCAACAAAGCCUCCAAAAACCGAUGAUCCCAGCAGCAUUACAGAGCCGGAAAGUGAGGUGGCAUCUGCAGGACCAGUCCUCCCCCCAACAAAGCCUCCAAAAAUUGAUGCCAGCAGCGUUACAGAGCCAGAAAGUGAUAUUGAAGACUUACCCCAACUCUCAAUCAAGAGGCCAAUCAAAACUGAAAUCAAAACCAAUGAUCCCAGCAGCAUUACAGAGCCGGAAAAUUCAACUCUGAAAGUCCCUCACCACAAGGGAAUAAGUAGAUCACUGGUGUUGAUAGCAGCAAUGUGCAUAAUAUCUGAACCAAAGCAAAGAGGGACAAGCAGAAUAUGUUUUGGGUCAAACCCACAGAAAAUGCUGGGUUUUGAGAUGCCUGUCUUGAGUCAGGUGUGCAAGGACUCUGACAAUGGCCUUGUUGCUCAACUUAAGCAGCAGCUCACCAAAUUACAGCAUGCUGUUGCAAGUCUACAAGCCGAUAGACUCAGGCUUGUCAAUGAGAAUGCUGGUCUCAAUAUGACCUGCCAGACUUUACAAAAUGUCAUUGUUAAUAUGCAUGGCUCCACAAGCUUGGUGUCCUUGACAUCAUCAUCACCAUUAUCACCCUCAUCUGACACCUCGAGCACCAUUGCCGAUGAGAAACCUGCCCUUGUGGAUAGAAUAGUCCCUACAGAAUCCGAUCAAGAGCUUGACCGGAAGGACUACCCAUCUGUCAAAUCAUGGACAAGGAAAGAAUGGCAGGAACAGUAUCCAAAGACGACAUCAUCUGUACCUGGAACCUCUGGAAGCUCAUCUCGAGGAUCUGGGCGCAUGGCACAAGGCGUUAAUGUUGCAUGUACUUACUUACAGGACAAGAAAGGUGUACCUGUCUCAGCUCAACACACCAAGACAAUCUGGAACCUCAUGCUCUCGAGCUUCCGGGAACUUGACAGUCAAGGCCUCACACCAGAUUCUAUCGGCCAAGCGUCACUGCAAGUCUUAUGCUGGCUCAUCCACACACUACACAAGCAUUGUCCUGAAUUUUGUUUAUGUGCUGACAAUUGGAAGGUUAUGAAACUCAUGACUGACAAUUACUCACAAUGGUUCAACUAUCACGUCAAGAAGAAAACCAGCAAGCGCAUCAAGGCUGAGCAUGGAGAGAGUCUCCUGGACCUCUCAGACAACACUCUGCCCCCAGUUGCCCAGAAGCAUGCAGGUGAUCCUGACAAAGAACUCGAAGCCGAACAUAUGAAGAAGCAAGCAUGGAUCAAUGAGCCUGUCACUGAGCCUGCUAGUGAUGAAGCGCGUGAACCAACACCACCACCACACACCAACAAAGGGAAAGACAAAGAAGCAGCUGCUAUUGAGAUCAAAAACCCACUUUCUGACCUUGUAUUGAAACCUAGGCCCAAACCGGUCAUCAGGAAGCUCCCUUCCACUUCCAUUGACUCUCCAACUGCUUCAACUUCUGGAACCAACCUGAUUCUUGCGCCACCAUCAAACAAGUCUACACCUACUUCGACUGUACCAGAGACACCUUCAAGUAGUACUGACACAGCUUCCCUAGCUGUAAAGACUGAGCUUGUCAACCAAGCCAGUGCUGCGAUUGUGAUUGAGGAGAAGGCUAAUACCAUCAAGAAGCACCAGCCAAGCAUGAAGCCCAUGCGUGUGAGCUUCAAGAUCACAGCACACAAGGUUAACACUAUUAUUCUAGGAAUCUUUGCACCCUUGAUUGGCAAUCAAACAGCCAUCAGAAAGAACUGGCAAGCGUCUUUGCAACCUACUGGAACAGUCUAUCAAAGACCAACAAAGAGGUAUACAAGCGCAAAGCAGCUCUACAGCUCAACUCAGCUGGACCUACUGAAGGGAGUGGUGCCAGUGAUGAUGCAGAUGAGGAGUAAUGAGCAGAUACAUGGUGGGAUGGUGGUGGCAGGAUGGCGGGAUGGUGGGAUGGCGGGAUGGCGGGAUGGCGGGAUGGCGGGAUGGCGGGAUGGCGGGAUGGCGGGAUGGCAGGAUGGCAGGCGCGGGCACAAUGAUACCACAAGCAUCUAA